AUGCGUGCAGUGGAAAAUAUUAUACAAGAGCGUCGUUUGUUAGAAGAAAUUGAAUAUCCUCUGGUGUGCAAUUUGCGUUACGCUUUUCAAGAUGAUGAAAAUAUGUUCAUGGUCCUUGACCUGAUGUUAGGUGGUGAUUUAAGGUUUCAUUUAGAACGACAAGCUUUCAUGAAAGAAGAAGUUGUAAAAUUUUAUGUUGCUGAAGUCAGUUUAGGAUUGAAUUAUUUACAUUCUAAAAAGAUUGUUCAUAGAGAUUUAAAACCUGAUAAUGUUCUUUUGGAUGAGAAGGGACACGCUCAUCUAACUGAUUUUAAUAUAGCUGUUCAUUUUAAUGAGAGAAAACCCCUUACAUCGGUUGCUGGUUCUAUGGCAUAUAUGGCACCAGAGGUACUGACCAAACAUGGAUAUCUUAAUUCUGUGGAUUGGUGGUCACUCGGUGUUAUCAUGUAUGAACUUUUAUUUAGCAAGCGGCCAUUUCGUGGUAAAACGAACGUCCAAUUAACACAUGCAAUUCUUCAUGACCCACUUCAAUUUCCUGAUAAUGUUUAUGACUUGGUUUCUAAAGAAUGUAUUGACUGUUUAAAACGGUUUUGUGAACGGGAUGUAAAUAAACGCCUUGGAUGCGGUCCAAAUGGUUUAGAAGAUAUUAAACGUCAUCCAUGGUUUAAAGAUAUAGAGUGGGAUAAACUUGAUACAAAACAAGCUAAAGCUCCUUUCAUUCCUGAUUCAAAACGUGCUAAUUUUGAUGCCACUCAUGAGCUUGAAGAACUUCUCCUUGAAGAUAAUCCACUCAAAGCUAAAAAACGUGCUAAUCCCAAUCAAGACCUUAGUGAACUUUCAAAAGAAAUGAGAAUGAUGGAGGAAAAAUUCUUGAUAUACGACUUUACUAAGAUGUGUAGAAGAAGUUACUACGUAAAUCCUCCUGAAAGAUCAACUAGGCGAAGAAGUGAAAGAAGCAGCGGGUCUACAACAGUUGACCGAAUGAUGAAUAAUCAUUCUGGUGCUACAAUUCAACUUGAUAGUGUAGAUACAGAUGCUUCAAAUCCUUUAAAGAUUCAACAUCCAUCAAUGGUAAAACUACCACAUGCACGUACUGAAUCGGAUCUCACUGCUGUAGGAUAUUAUUAA